AUGGGCGGCUUAAUACCUCUGCUCCUGAAGCCCGUCGCCGCCGGCUCUCGCGGCAGCAUCAUCUUCCCCACGACUAACACAAUCACAUCGAGCGCCCCCACACCACAGUCAACGGCAUCAGCAAACACCACGAUGGCGACUGCCGCUGGAUCCUCGAAAUCGCGCAUGUCGAGGCGGUCUCUCUCGCAGGCGCCGAUUCAUCUUCCCGUCUUGCCGUACACGUCCGCCGAAUGGAGCAAGGCCGUGUCGGACGUCAAGAGGCAAUACCUCAACCGCAAGUACCGGCCAUGCUCGAUGCGCUGCUGUGAGAUUCUGGACAAUGUUAAGGAUACCGGCAACAUUGAGCCUGCUUACCUCAUUUACUUGCACUUCUACGCCGCCAGCUCCUUUGAAAUGCUCUCCCGGCCCUUGAACGGCAUGUCUCCGUACAAGACGAUGCUCCUCCAGCAGGCCCGCGAGCAUUACACCAAGGCAUCCGACCUGAGCAAGGCCGCCGACGAGACCAUGUCUCGCUCCUCCCGCCCGUCCUCCGCAGCGACCUCCAGCAUGCACUCCCCCUCGAGCUCCAUCUCCUCCCGCGCCUCCUCCAGGACCUGGACCAACUCCACCGCCUUCUCCUCGCCCACCCCCUCCGUCUGCUCCGUCGAGGACGCCGUCAACAAGCUCUCCCAGACCACCCCGCCUCAGAAGAAGCGCGUCACCUUUCUCGACUUCCCCGAGGAGCCCAUCAUCCGCCCCGACUCCCCCACCCUCGGCUUCGACUUCUUCCUCUCCGCGCCCCCGCCGGAGCCCGAACCGCGCUACCUCCCCGUCCUCCCCGAGGAGCCCGAGCCCGCCGACGUCGAGGAGGAGGAGGAGGAGGAGGAGGAGGAGGAAGACAUCGCGAAGCCGCCCACCCCGGAGCCCCUGAACGAGGACUGCGACGUCUUCGACUUCGUCCGCGAGCGCUCCGUCCACCGCUACUGCGGCCUGCUCUCCAGCCUGCGCUCCCAGAUCACCAUCCACAUCGCCGCCGUCGAGGACCAGCUCGCAUCGCCGCCGGCGCCCGCGGCGGUCCAGGACGUCGUCUCCCUCCCCGCCAGGUCCGCCACCCCCGAGCUCCACGACGAGAUGCGCAGCCUCGACAUCAAAGCCCGCAUCGAGCGCCUGCGCCAGAACAACUGGCAGCGUCGCCGCUUCGACGCCGGUCGCUACGAGGCGCUCCGCGAGAGCGUCCUCGCCGAGCUGGAGUGA